UAUAGCAGUGUUCUCAAACAUAAUAAAUUUUUACUUCAAGAAAAAUACUGAUUUCCCAAAUGAGAGAAAUAUUAUUGUCACAGCUUUAUGUAGACUUGAGACUUAAGACCUAAGAUUUCUUUCAUAGUUGAAGGAUGUGGAAGACAUUGUUAUUGCCAAGAUGGACGCUACAGCUAAUGAUGUGCCUCCACCUUACCAAGUACAAGGUUUUCCAACACUUUACUUCUCACCAAAGAAAAGUAAGGAUACGCCAAAGAAAUAUAACGGCGGAAGGGAUGUGGAUUCUUUCAUAGAAUACCUCAAGCGUGAAGCAACGAACACAUUUGAAGUUCCCGCCGAGGAGAAGAAGAAGAAGAAAAAGAAGACCAAGAAAGACAAAGAUGAAUUAUAAAGUACCAUAACAAUGUUUUUGUAAAACUAGAUUUAACAAAUUUAGGUCUAAACUGCUUUGUUAUUCGAAAUGGGCCUCUCUUUUUAAAUAACAGAGAUUUGUCACCAGAACAGACUUCGAACUAGGAGUUCCCACUGCUCCUUUCGGCUCACUCUAGUCUAGUUCUGGCUCUCUCACUCUCUCUGUCAAGCAACGUGACGCUCUCGGAGAGAGGAACGCGCGUGUAGCGUUGCGUGACAGAGUGCCAGAAUUGGACCACGCUCAACCCCAUAAAAUAAAGAUUUAAAGCUGUGGUAAAUUUGUUAUCGCCUAAAUUAAUACUGCCUAAAUGUGAGUUAUCACAGAGUUUUUCGCUUGGGGUUCAAGGUGCAAGAAGAGUUUUUGGGAAUAUUUUCGGUGGAAUAAUUAAAUCAACUCUUUUGAAGAA